UAUAUAAGGCCUGGAGGCUGGACCGCUGGAGAGGCGAAGACUUGGACCCCCAGCUGAGGAGUCCUGCUCAGACGUGGUCACUGGGUCUGAGAAACUUCUUGAGAGACCACAUUCCAGGGACAAGCUGACUCUGUGAAGCACCCUCAUCUAUCUCCUGCCAUGUUCCCCACAGGGCCAGGGGGAAAGAUGUUGGGGACCAAGGCCUGCAUGUUCUUCCUCCUGUUCCUGGAGUUCACCUCUGUGUUUGGGAGGCAGACGAUGCUCACACAAUCAGUGAGAAGAGUCCAGCCUGGGAAGAGGACCUCCAACAUCUUUGCCAAGCCUGCUGACCCCCUGGAAAAUCCUGGAGAGUGGACAACAUGGUUCAACAUUGACCACCCAGGUGGGCAGGGUGACUAUGAGCGGCUGGAUGCCAUUCGUUUCUACUAUGGAGACCGUGUGUGUGCCCGGCCCCUGUGGCUAGAGGCUCGGACUACUGAUUGGAUACCUGCGAGCAGCACUGGCCAGGUGGUCCAUGGCAGUCCCCGUGAGGGCUUCUGGUGCCUCAACAGAGAGCAGCGGUCUGGUCGGAACUGCUCCAACUACACUGUGCGCUUCUUCUGCCCGCCAGGGUCCCUGCGCCGAGACUCAGAGCACAUCUGGAGCACAUGGUCUCCCUGGAGCAAGUGCUCAGCUGCCUGUGGUCACACGGGGGUCCAGACCCGUACGCGUAACUGCCUGGCAGAGACGAUGUCACUGUGCAGUGAGGCCACUGAAGAGGGACAGCUCUGUGUGAGCCAGGACUGUACAGCUUGUGACCUGACCUGUCCCAUGGGCCAGGUGAAUGCUGACUGUGAUGCCUGCAUGUGCCAGGACUUUGUACUGCAAGGGGCUGUCUCCCUCCCCGGGGGUGCCCCAGCCUCAGGGGCCACUGUCUACCUGCUAACUAAGAAGCCUAAACAACUGACCAAAACAGACAGUAGGGGAAGGUUCCGAGUGCCUGGCUUAUGCCCCGAUGGCAAAAGCAUCCUGAAGAUCACAAAGGCCAAGUUUGCCCCCAUCAAGCUCACAAUGCCUAAGACUAGCCUGAAGGCAGCUACCGUCACUGCAGAGUUCAUGAGGGCAGAGACUCCAUAUAUUGUGAUGAAUCCUCAGACAAAAGCACGGAGAGCUGGGCAGAGUGUGUCCCUGUGCUGUAAGGCCACAGGGAAGCCUGGGCCAGACAAGUAUUUCUGGUACCACAAUGACACACUACUGGACCCCUCCCGCUACAAGCAUGAGAGCAAGCUGGUGCUGAGAAACCUGCAGCGGGACCAGGCUGGGGAGUAUUUCUGCAAGGCCCAGAGUGAUGCUGGGGCUGUGAAGUCCCAGAUCGCCCAGCUGACUGUCAUAGCCCCUAAUGAGACCCCUUGUAACCCAACCCCUGAGAGCUACCUUAUCCGGCUGCCCCACGACUGCUUCCAGAAUGCCACCAACUCUUUCUAUUAUGAUGUGGGCCACUGCCCCAUCAAGACCUGUGCGGGGCAGCAGGACAAUGGGAUCAGGUGCCGGGAUGCUGUGGAGAACUGCUGUGGCAUCUCCAAGACAGAGGAGAAGGAGAUUCAGUGCACUGGGUAUACACUGCCCACUAAAGUGGCCACAGAGUGUAGCUGCCAGCGGUGUACAGAGACCCGGAGUAUUGUGAGGGGCCGUGUCAGUGCUGCCGACAAUGGGGAGCCCAUGCGCUUUGGCUACGUGUACAUGGGGGGCAGCCGUGUGAGCAUGACUGGCUACAAAGGCACUUUCACCCUCCAUGUUCCCCAGGACACUGAGAGGCUGGUGCUUACAUUUGUGGACAGGCUGCAGAAGUUCAUCAAUACCACCAAAGUGCUACCCUUCAACAAGAAGGGGAGCACAGUGUUCCAUGAGAUCAAGAUGCUUAGACGGAAAGAGCCCAUCACCUUGGAGGCCUUGGAGACCAACAUUAUCCCCCUGGGGGAGAUGAUUGGUGAAGACCCUGUGGCUGAACUGGAGAUUCCAUCUAAGAGCUUCUACAGGCAGAAUGGGGAGCUCUUCACAGGAAAAGUGAAGGCCAGCGUGACCUUCCUGGAUCCCCGGAAUAUUUCCACAGCUACAGCUGCCCAGAGUGACCUGAACUUCAUCAAUGACGAAGGAGACACCUUCCCCCUUCGGACAUAUGGCAUGUUUUCUGUGGACUUCACAGAUGAGGCCACCUCAGAGUCACUCAAUGCUGGCAAGGUGAAGGUCCACCUCGACUCAACCCAGGUCAAGAUGCCAGAGCAUGUUUCUACAAUGAAACUCUGGUCACUCAACCCAGACACAGGGCUGUGGGAGGAGGAAGGAGACUUCGAAUUUGAAAGCCGAAGGCGGAACAGAAGGGAAGAGAGAACCUUCCUGGUGGGCAACAUGGAGAUUCGUGAGAGGAGGCUCUUUAACCUAGAUGUUCCUGAAAGUAGGAGGUGCUUUAUCAAGGUGAGAGCCUACCGGAGUGAGAGGUUUCUGCCCAGUGAACAGAUCCAGGGAGUUGUGGUUUCUGUGAUCAACCUGGAGCCCAGGACUGGUUUUUCAUCCAACCCCAGAGUCUGGGGCCGCUUUGACAGUGUCAUCACAGGGCCCAAUGGGGCCUGUCUGCCUGCCUUCUGUGAUGACCAGUCCCCUGAUGCCUACUCUGCCUAUGUCUUGGCAAGCCUGGCAGGGGAGGAACUGGAAGCGGUGGCAUCUUCUCCUAAAUUCAACCCAAAUGCAAUCGGUGUCCCUCAGCCCUACCUCAACAAGCUCAAGUACAGGCGGACAGAUCAUGAGGACCCGCGGGUUAAGAAGACAGCUUUCCAGAUCAGUAUGGCGAAGCCAAGACCCAACUCAGCUGAAGAAAGCAACGGGCCUAUCUAUGCUUUUGAAAACCUGCGGGCAUGCGAAGAGGCACCGCCCAGUGCGGCCCACUUCCGGUUCUACCAGAUUGAGGGGGAUCGAUAUGACUAUAACACGGUCCUCUUCAAUGAGGAUGACCCCAUGAGCUGGACUGAAGACUACCUUGCAUGGUGGCCCAAGCCAAUGGAAUUCAGAGCCUGCUACAUCAAGGUGAAGAUUGUGGGGCCAAUAGAGGUGAAUGUGCGAUCCCGCAACAUGGGGGGCACCCACCGGCGAACAGUGGGGAAGCUGUAUGGAAUCCGAGAUGUGAAGAGCACGCGGGAUAGGGAUCAGCCCAAUGUCUCAUCUGCCUGCCUGGAGUUCAAGUGCAGUGGGAUGCUCUAUGACCAAGACCGGGUGGACCGCACCCUGGUGAAGAUUAUUCCCCAAGGCAGCUGCCAAAGAGCCAGCGUGAACUCUAUGCUUCAUGAGUAUCUGGUCAACCACCUGCCAUUGGCGGUCAACAAUGACACCAGCGAGUACACCAUGCUGGCGCCCCUGGACCCGCUGGGUCACAACUAUGGCAUCUACACCGUCACUGACCAGGACCCUCGCACGGCUAAGGAGAUUGCACUUGGCCGAUGUUUCGAUGGAACAUCUGAUGGUUCCUCCAGAGUCAUGAAAAGCAAUGUGGGAGUGGCCCUCACUUUUAACUGUGCAGAGAGGCAAGUGGGCCGCCAGAGUGCUUUCCAGUACUUGCAAAGCACCUCAGCCCGGCCACCUGCCACGGGCGCUCUCCGAGGAAGAUUGGCCUCCAGGAGGCAGCAGCGGGCAAGUAGGGCUAGCCAGCGUAGGCAAGGAGGGGCGGCUUCUCUGAGGCUUCCUGAGGUUGCUCAGCAGCCAUUGAGCAACUGAGUCUCCGGUGCUCCAUCCUCUUUUCCCCUCACCUCAAGUGACAGCCAUUGUGAGACUGAUGCACAAACUGUCACUCGGUUAAUUUAAGCACAUCUGUUCUGGUGCAAUUUGCUUGUUUAUUUCUUCAUGCCUUUACUUACUGUCUUUGUCCCACUCUACUGAUUGGCAUGUAACCCCUAAAAUGGCAAAAUAAAGCCCUUUUGUCUUGUUCUUUAAAAGAAACACAAGGAAUUGGCAAUUGGGAAAACUCUCUGGCUUUGACCGUUCUUCAUUUAGUGCCAUCAAAAAAGAAAAGUGUACUUUUUUUUUUUUUUGCAUGGUUUUACCACCCCUAUGAUAAUAAAAACCUGAUUUUGAAGUUCAAAUAACUAAUAUUAAGCAUAUCUCUUGGUCUUGCUCCACAGGAUGUAAGAAGCAUCCCAUCACAGUUCAUGUGCAUAAAUGUUGGUGAAAAAUAAAAGGAAUAAACUAUAAUAUUUUUACUUGAAAUGUAAAUAAGUUAUUUAUUUCUCUGCUGAAUUUGGAACUCUAGUACGCAUUCAAUGUUAAGCUAUUGAUUAUAGGGUGAUCACAGUUCCUCUACCAAGUGUGCAAAGAACAUCUCUUCAAAUGCAGUUACUAAUUUUAUUUGCAUGUUUCUCUUAUAUUUGCUUUUGUUCUAGCUAGAAGCUAGAAGCUUAGUGUAGCCCAGGGCAGAUGUCAAUAAAGGCACAUUUUAUACUUUGAUUCUGAG